GGGUCCCCCGGGCGCCCGGGGCUCCGGGCGGGGCGCAGCAGCCGUCAGUCCUCCGAGAACAGCGUCGAGCUCGCGUAGCCCGGGGAGGCCUCGCGCGGAGAGCAGAUGGAGAGCUGCGGGAACUGCGGGGAGAGAAGGUGGGAGAGCAACAGCUGAUGCGAGGUGCGAGGGACCCGGCUGCCGACGAGGCCCAAGUCAUCUGGUUGGAAAUUAUUUUCGCCCCAAGAUCUGACCGACCAGCACUUGGAGCCGCCCCCGUCCCCCGCACGCAGGUGAAGGUGAGUCGGUGCAUCACGCGGGCCAACAAAGCACUGGAGAGGGGAACGACUCAGACCCGCCGCUGAUCCGGUCGGUAUCAUGCUGGGGUUCCUGCGCGCGCUGCAGGAGGACAAGCCCCGCAGCCUCCUCCUGCUGCUGGUGUACCUGUCGCUACUCCUCGACAACAUGCUGCUCACCGUAGUAGUGCCCAUCAUCCCGGACUACCUGGUGACGCCGGAGGGCCUGGUGCUGGCGCCGGUGCCCCAGGACCCGUUCCCACUGACCGCCGGACUCAGCGGGGACAACGCUUCGACCAAAGCAACGCCGGCGUCGUCUGCUGCUGGAGUUGCUGCUGCAGCAACCACGCCGCCACCCGCCGCCGGCUGCGGCCCGGGGCCAGGACGCGGCAGGGGCAAGUGCGGAGCCGGAACCGCGGCUCGACAGGCGGCUGCGGCGGCGGUCGCCUUGGCUGCUGCCGUGGAGGACGACGGCUCCGAGGAGGGCGGCCGCGUCGGGCUGCUGCUGUCCUCCAAGGCAUGGGUGCAGCUGGCGGCCAACCCAGUCGUCGGGGUGCUGACGGCCACCCUGGGCACCAGGAUCCCCCUACUGGCGGGCAGCAUCAACCUCGUCCUCGCAUCCAUGCUGUUCGCGCUGAGCGAGUCGUACGCCGGGCUGUUCGUGGCCCGCAGCCUGCAGGGCGUGGCCUCGGCCUGCAUCGGCGUGGCCGGCAUGUGCCUGGUGGCCGAGCAGUUCCCCGAGGAGUCGGAGCGCUCGCGCGCCCUGGGCCUCGUGCUGGGCUCCAUCGCGCUGGGCGUGCUGCUGGGCUACCCGCUGGGCAGCGUCGCCUACGAGUUCCUCGGCAAGCCGGCGCCCUUCCUCGUCGUGUGCGCCAUGGCCUUCGUGCUCGCCCUUCUCCAGCUGAUGCUGCUCGACGUCAGGAACCCUUCUCAGCCGGGCGCGCCGGCCGCCGCCCCCGCCCUGCCCACGCGCUGGCGCGCGCUCAUGUCGGACUGGGCGGUGCUGCUGUCGGCGGGCGCCAUCCUGCUCUCCUCGUCGUGCCUCGCCAUCCUGGAGCCCUGCCUGCCCAUCUGGCUCAAGGCGUCCAUCCGGCCGGAGGUGAGCGUCAGCCCGGCGUCAGCCCUGGCGUCAACCCGGCGUCAGCCCUAGCUGUCACCGAGGGGAUUACCGUCCCGUCUCUCGGCGUGGACAGCGUUAAGAACGGUGCCG